ACAUGUGCUUCGAACACUUUGAAAUUUUCGAUGAAGGAUUAUUUGGGAAAUAAAUGUAUGCGUAUUUAUAAAGAAACAUACGGAAGUGUAUAAGGGACGAAACACAAUACAAUCUGUGGUCUAAGAGAAGAAAUUUCUGACGUGGAAUAUUCUCAUAGUUUUACGUGCUGUGGAAAGAAUGAAUACCCUUCCUAUGGAGGCCUUCCGGGACACAGUAUACGGUACCACAAGAGAUUCAACUGACAAUUGCAAACUAAAAAUGAAUCGGCGUAUUAUAAAGUACAAUUGUAUUUAUAAGAAAAGAGACUUUUUUCUUGGAUUGUUUGUCGGCAUUGUGGUAACCUAUUUAACAACACUGACGAGCUUGCAAUCUCGAUUUCAAAAAUCAAAAUCUUCAGAAAAAGCUGAAAUCAUGGUUCUUAACGACGACCGACUUGCGCAUCACGAUGAUAAUAAUAUCGCAGAAAAUCUAGAAAAAAGAGUUCGAGUGUUAUGUUAUGUAAUGACAUGUCCAAAAAACCUGGAGACAAGAGCUAUUCAUGUUAAAAAGACAUGGGGGAAAAGAUGUAAUAUAUUACUUUUUAUGAGCUCAGUGUCAAAUUCAAGUUUCCCAACUAUUGGUCUGAACGUUUCAGAAGGAAGGCAACAUCUCACUCAGAAGGAGUCUGGUGCAUUUGAUUACAUUUUUGAAAACUAUAGGGAUAAAGCUGAUUGGUUUUUGAAAGCCGAUGACGAUACUUAUGUUAUCCUAGAAAAUUUAAGAUAUUUUCUAAAAGACUAUAACACAAGUGACCCUAUUUUCUUUGGACACCAUUUUAAAAUGUUUAGUAAACAAGGAUAUUUUAGUGGAGGGGCAGGUUAUGUUUUGAGCCGGGAAGCACUAACAAGGCUCGGUACUAAAGGAAAGGAUCCGAAACUAUGCCGAAAAGACGGUGCUGCCUCAGACGCCGCAACUGGACAAUGUUUGGAAAAGGUUGGGGUUAAAGUUGUCAACUCAAGUGAUGCACUGGGUCGAAGUAGAUUUCAUUGUUUUCAGCCAGAAAGUCAUUUGUUUGGAGACUAUCCUAAAUGGUAUUACAAAUAUGAUGCAAAUGGGCCUCGCAAGGGUAUGGAGAGUAUCAGUGACCAUGCGAUAUCCUUUCACUAUGUCAACCCAAAACUAAUGCAUGUCAUGGAUUUGUUAAUUUACCAUUUAAAACCAUAUGGUAUUCAUUCAACUAAAUGAACAGAAACAAUAUGUGAACAGAACCGAAAAAUACGAGUUUUGUACAGAUUAAAGCGAAAAUUUAGAAGGUUAACGAAUGUUUAUGAGCCAGUUCAAUUCAAUGUUUUUUUUUAAUAAAAUAUUAAACAUGGUUUUGCCUGUUAUUCUUCCAAA